GAAACUUCCCCACUGAGAAAAACAUGCCAGCAGUACUCCAGUCCUCUCCGAAUCGUACGUAUGGCGAAGCUUCUUUCUGUAAAAAACCGCUCCACCAAAUGGAAGUUUGAUCUUGGGUUUUAGCUGAAGUGACAAGACUCACAAGAGUCACAUGGAACACCCAAAGCAGCAAACGCUGUUGGGCUCACUCUUGCUUGUUCUGUUUCAGGCAGCAAAGAAGUUUGCUGAAUAUUCUAAGGAGUCUGACACCCGAGAAGAGGAGCUUAACCAGCAAUUGGAAAGGGUUGAUGCUGAAAGAUCUAAGCAAGAUGCCAGGGAGUCUGAGCUCAAACAAAAGCUUCUCUCUGCAGAGCUGGAACUAGCAGCACUCAAUUCAUCUGUUCAUGCCAAGCCGAGCAUCACUUUGGUAGACAUGGCGGUCCAGGUAGAAGUUCAAGAUGAGGGUUACCAUUACGAGAGAGGUCAACUUGAUCCUUCAACCGCCCGCAAUGAUUUAGAGGCUGUGGGCACCAAUAUAAAUCUCAAGGGAACGCUCAGGAAGGAACAUGAUGAAAAGCAAGACAAUAUCAAGGAAACCAAAAGCGAUGAUGCAGGUGGUAUUGUGCAAGGGGGUAUAGCUGUAGAGGAUCUUCGCAUCCAGGAGCAUGGCAACAAGGACAGGCGGCAUGAGGAAGUCCUCGGCUGUGAUUCUGCACCGGACGUCAGUUUGAAUGUGACUACCUCCAUAGGGGAAUGCAGAGAAACUGAUUGCAAAGCCGAGGAAAAAGUUCAAAUUGCAGCAAAUAACUUCUCUACGUGUGAAUUGGAUAACAGGGUGGUGAACAUCUCCUGGUGUGAACUGGAAGACAGGGUGGUGAACGUCUCCAAGUGUGAAUUGGAAGACAGGGUCGUGAACCCCAAACAUGAGCACAUUGGCCCAUAUGAAAGACCUUGUGAAUCCUGCCCCGUAGCCUGUGAGGCCCAAACAGUCCCUGGACAAUGUUGCUCAACUAUAGAGAAGAAGAAUGUUAGUGAUACACAGAUCAGAAUAAAGACGAAGGAUAUACAAGUUGAAGCAAACGAUUUGCAAGUACAUGGUGCACUGGACGGAAUUAGCAAUGUUGGCCAAGUGGAAAUCGCCUCGGAAGAAACGGAAGGGUGUAAUAUGCAGACAGAUGCGAAUCCUGGUCGCAAAGUCUCUGAUCAUGUCGGUCAACAGUUGGAAGAACCCUCCGCAACAGCAGAAAAGUGUCAGUUGAAUCUGACUACUGUAGAAGAGACUGCGCCCUUGAAAACAGUAGGUGCAGUUUUUCCUGAUCUGUCUUCGUUUCCGAACUCCAGGGUCAUCUCAGCAGGUUUUGUGACGUCUGGAGCGCCAAGCUUGGACAUCGUCCCUGGCGUGCAUCCGGUGGUUGGGAUUUCAUGUGACAGUGUGUCUGUGGGACAAAGAAAGGAGUAUCACUCUUCUUCUGGAGUCUCAAUUGUUUCAGUGUUGGAUGUGACUUCCCUUGCAAGUGAGAAAGAGAUUCAAACAGGAAAUGCUUGCCAGGAACGAGGAUCAGAAGCACCAACAGAUGCUGUUACACCCGGCGAGGUCACAGUGGACCGACCUGAGGGAAAUGUUGAUGCAGCAAGCCAUGCGUUGCCCAACCGGGACACUGAAGACAGUCACCCGCAGCAUUCAAUCAAUGCGCCAGCCCAGAGCAUGGGAUCACUGAAAGGUGAUAGGAAGUCGACCGUCGGCCUUUCAAGAGGUCAAGACUUGGUUGUGAGCUCCCCAGCAAAAGGAAAUGCUGAGCUGCAAAUUUCAGAUGCUUCUGGCGAACCGUCUGUACGAAAGGGUAGAAUGUUUAUGUUCAACAAUCAGAGCGAUGAUGGGGGUUCGGACUUCGAUGUUAACGAUGCUGAUCUGCAAGAAUCCAUGUAUAGGAAAUUGUCCUUCGGUCUGCACCAUAACCUGGCAGCUCCAUGCGCCGAGUCGGAACACACGGCCCAGACAGCCCAGUGUAGCCCUCGCCAUAAACCUAAGCCUGAGGUGAUGUCAAACAGCAAAGAGGCAGUCACAGCUGACCUGGAUACGGGGAGACAGCGAGCAACGAAGGACGUUCUGGACUCCAACCUGUCGCAAGCUGGAGACUGGCCUGAAACAAAUGGGAAGAACAAGGAUAAGAAAGAUCUAUCAUCAAACAGAAGCAACCAUGAUUUGCAAUCAGUUAACCCUCUGACAUGUCAGCUUGGAUGCCCUGCUCCUCUCACAAACACCACUGAAGAAGGAUCAGAUACAUCUCCAGGAGCUUUCCCUGAUAUCUCUAAUGCCCCACAGCACACUCAUUUUCCAGGCGCAUCAUCGCCGAAGCAUGUGGAAGAGGCUGAGGAAUCUGUUAACGGAGUGAAUGUCACAAUACCAGCUGCACCAGCUCUCGAGGGUGCCAACAAAAAACAAGCGGACCUUCCAGUGGCUUGUGUAAUUCACCAGCAGCAGCAGCAGCAGCAGCUGACCACAACCUUCCAGCCCAUGGGGGAGGAAUUUCUGACGAAUUCAGAAGCUGGUGAAGGAAGGAACGAGGAGAAAGGCUUCCUGACUGAGGAAAGAUGCAGUGCACAAUUGGAGUUGUCCGUCCCAAGAAUGCACUCGAAUGAGCUUCCAUGCAGCAUCAAGAGAGUGGCAAGUGCUCCGGUAUGUCUUGGGUUCGAUGAUGCUGACCAUCCGUGCAAAAGGAGAUGCAUUGGCAAUUUGGAGAGUAACAAGCUAUUUGAGCAUCAGCAAGAGCACGAGCCAGACGAAGGACAUCAGAGCCUUGAGCAACAGCAAAAGGAAGGCUGGAAUGCACACAAGCAGGAGGGCGUUGCUGACCAUAAGCACGUGCAUGAUCCACUAUUGAUGAAGCAGUCACCAACAUCAAACACUAGGGACACCAUGCCGACGAGAGGAGCAUGGGGAGCUGCUGGGGAGGGUGUAAUGGGUGCUGCGAUUAGGAGGGACCAUGAUUCAGAGGUGUUUGUAGCUGGAGAAAGACUGCAUCAAGCGGAAGCACAAGUGCAGGGCUCUGACCCCGAGGUUGAAGAUAGUGACAGUCAGGUUCAUCAUUUGGAAAACACUGAGGGAAUAAAGGCUCCAUCCGAUGAUGGAACUGCCAGGGAGAGUGAAUUACGGCACGAAAUGGAUGAGGAAGAGCGGCCAUCGGGGUGUAAUUCCGAACAGACCAUGUGUGCCUCAACACGCUGCAAUAAAGUUUUAAUGGAAGCAUCAGAUGUCACAGAAGGUCAGCUAUUAUCAAAGGAUCAUUCAACAGAGAACACACUGUCAGAUAGAUCAGGCAAAGGGGAGGAGAUCGAGAAAGUAGGUUCCAAGGGGAAGAGUCAGGAAGGAGAAGAUUUGCUCGCACAGCCAGAUAUUGAUGACCAACGUGGUGGUACUACCCAAAACGACACAACAACCACAUUAACGAGGUCGAUCCAGAACAACAAUGUACAUGUGCAUGAAGGAACAGCAGAGGACAGCUCAAAGAUUUUCCUGACCGGUGGAAAAUCCAAUCAUGAAGCCAUUUUACUGGGCAAUAACUGUGGCAACGAGAUUAUUAUUGAAGGAGGAAAAGCUACAGUGAUUGCACCGACGUACGGGCCUUUGGGAACAGAGGAGGAUGGUCAUGCAGGUGAUCUGAACAACCAAGUCCAGGCAGAGAAGGAAUCUGCUACCUUCAGAAUGCCGGAAUACACCCAAGUUAAGAAGGGCAACAAUGAUGAUCAUGCCAAGGAUAAGAAUAGUUGUGAGGAACAGGGUGGGGUGUUAACCACGGUAAACACUUCCUCUGGGUUCCGAAAGCCAGGUGGAAAAGAGAAAAGCUCCUCUUCUUCUGCUUACUCUGAAGGGAGAGAAUUGCCUGUCGUCAAUGAGGAUGGCAUUCCAGAUGUACGGAUGCUUCCUUCUGUUGAGAUGGGUCCGCUAUCCACAGACCAGGGGAUAACAGUACUACCAACCAAAUCAAGAGCGGCAGUACCGUCGACAGAGUCCAUAGGGAUUUCGAUAUCAACAGUGGCAGUACCGUCGACAGAAUCCAUGGGAAUUUCAACACCUUUGUCGUUGAACCUUGGAGCUGACACAGCGAGAGUGUUCUUUACCGAUGCAGACAAUGCUCCACCUUCGUCGCGUCUGCAAGAACCUACAGCCCAAAGUUCAAAGUCAGCAGCACAAUGCGCACUUCAAAUAUCAUCGCAUGCUGAAAUCACUGGAGGAAAUGACAGCAAAUCACGCAGUGUGACCACAACAUGUGCAGGCCUCCCACACACCACUUACCUCAACGGGAUGUCAUUCCACUCGGACCAAGCUGCUGUUGUGCUGCAACCACAAGGUCGUCUCAUUCCGCCUAAGCCUGUGUUAGAUGCGGACAACAGGAUCCAGUCAUCCUCCAUGGAUGUCAGCAGACAUGGCAUCGACAGUGCCAGAACUUUGAACUUCUCAGAUCACCCGGCAGGUCCACUUCGGCAAGGCCCAGUUUGUCUCCUUCCAGUGUCCUGUGUCAAUCCCACUUCCCAGAUUACAGCACUUGGAUCAAGGGCCGCCUUUCAACAUUCUGAGCCAGCAACCCCAAUUGCGGGUUAUCGACUGCAAGAAGAGAGUGAAACGCAAAUGAGACGAAUAAGCUACCUGUCAGGAGGUGCAAGGCAAAGCACAAGGCCCUUGCUGAGAUUUCGAAUCGUUCGAAACACAGGAAAUAAAGACACAGCAACCCCUGGCUGUGUUGGGCAUUUGCCAGAAGGCAAGCUUGACAUGACUGAUCACUUACUUUCUGCAGGGCAGUCAUGCAGUAAUCCAAGUUUGGCCAGUGACUUGAUCUCAGUGCAGGCCUCUGGUGACGACAAGGAUGAUCAGAUGCGACAAAGAGCAUGGGUCACACCCCUGGCUAGAGAGUUACAAAGGAAGGAAGAUACCCUCAAGCGUGCACCGUAUGGCUUGGCUCAUGAGGUUCCUCCUAAGUCCAAAAGGAGGAUGGGAGCUCCGUUACAUCAGGUUGCUGUGUUGCCUGCUGCUCCACCUCAGAUGGCAAUUACACAGCACCCUGUUGUCUCAAAAGAUAAUGCUGCCGGAUGCACUUGUGGGGACCCACCAUAUGGGUACAUGGUUCGAUGUGUGUCAUGCCAGAGAUCAUUCCACGCGGGCUGCGUUCAAACUGCCAGCCGUGUUCCAGAGCCACAAGUACUAUGCAGAUCGUGUAUGGAGCGGAAUCCAAAGCGGGUGGAAGAGGAGAAGCCAGUCCGCACAAACAGAGGCAAACCAAGGGCUCCUAGUAGGGCAGAUGCAAAGCCAGGUAGGAAAGGCAGAACACAGAGCACAAUUCUGAAUUAAGCGGUAUGCAAGUGUCAGCCCCUGCUGGAUCUACGCUCUUCCUGCCUUAAAUUGACUAGAUUCAUGCGUGAAAGGAUUCGCAAGCUCAGAUAU